CCUCCCUUCAAAAGAACAUAAAAAUGGCCAUACUGAGUCAGACCAAAGGUCCAUCCAACCCCACAUCCUAUCUGCCAACAGUGGCCAAUGCCAGGUGCCCCAGAGGGAGUGAACCUAACAGGCUGCAGGAUGUCGUCCAUGUUUCGCUCCAGCUCAUCCCAUCCUCCCAUGGGACAGGGAAGGGAAACGACUACGGAGGAGCCAGUUCAGGGGCCGGUGACCUUCGAGGAGGUGGCUGUGUAUUCCCCCAGAGAAGAAGGGGCUCUGCUGCACCCCACUCAGAGAGCCCUCUACAGGCAUUUCAUGCAGGAGAACUAUGAGACGGUGAUCUCGCUGGUAGGGUUUCCAGUUUCCAAACCUGACGUGAUCUCACAGCUGGAACGAGGGGAAGAACCGUGGGUCCCAGACCUCCAAGGCUCUGAGAAAGAAGUCCUUCCAAGAGCUGCCUGCACAGGUAGUGAUCUAUGCCUGGAUUCUCUCUGUCUCCCAUCAGGUGAUGAGAUGGUGAGUCAGAAUGAGGAGGAGAAACCCCAUCAGGAAGAUGCUGAGCAAGGAGAACCACAUGGAACUUUAUCAGGAAGAUCCAAAGGGAUUGUUUCCGGGAGUUGUGCACUCCCAGAGAAGACAAAAGCCUGUGAGACUCUGCACAGGCCAGAGGGAAACUUUAGUAGCCUCUCAGACCUUGUAACAAGCAAGAGAAUCAACUUGGAAGAGACACGCUACACAUGCCAUGAGUGUGGGAAAAGCUUCAAUCAGAGCUCUACCCUUAUCAGACAUCAGACAAUCCACACAGGUGAGAAACCUUAUGCAUGUGCUGAGUGUGGGAAAUGCUUCAGUCGGAGCUCAAACCUUAUCACACAUCAGAGAAUCCACACAGGAGAGACACCCUACACUUGCUCAGCGUGCGGGAAAAUCUUUAGUCAGCGCUCAAACCUUAUCACACAUCAGAGAAUCCACACAGGAGAGACGCCUUAUAUGUGCACUGAGUGCGGGAAAAGCUUCAAUCAGCGCUCACACCUUAUCACACAUCAGAGAAUCCACACAGGAGAGACGCCUUAUAGGUGCACUGAGUGUGGGAAAAGCUUCAUUCACCGAUCUGCCUUUAUCACACAUCACAGAAUCCACACAGGAGAGAAGCCUUACACAUGCUCUGAGUGUGGGAAAAACUUCACUCAGUGCUCUGCCCUUAUCACACAUAGGAGAAUCCACACAGGAGAGACGCCUUAUACGUGCGCUGAGUGUGGGAAAAGCUUUAGUCGGAGCUCGCACCUUAUCACACAUCAGACAAUCCACACAGGAGAGACGCCCUACACAUGCACUGACUGCGGGAAAAUCUUUAGUCAGCGCACAAACCUUAUCACACAUCAGAGAAUCCACACAGGAGAGAAGCCCUACACAUGCUCAGAGUGCGGGAAAAUCUUUAGUCAGAGCUCUGCCCUUAUGAGACAUCAGAGAAUCCACACAGGAGAGAAGCCCUACACAUGCUCUGAGUGUGGGAAAAGCUUCAAUCAGACCUCAAACCUUAUGAAACAUCAGAGAAUCCACACAGGAGAGACGCCCUACACAUGCUCUGAGUGCGGGAAAAGGUUCAGUCAUUGCUCAAGGCUCACUAGACAUCAGAAAAUCCACAUGAGAGAGAAUUGUAAUAAAUCCCUUGACUAGGGUUGGCCACAAUUUAAAAAAAAUCACAUUUGCUAAUUCCCACAUAAUGAUUUUGCAUCAUCUUCAUCGUGGUCUCUCAGCUCCACCAAAUCAGUUGCCUUCUUCUGCCUUUUGCAGCUCACCCUUCUUUGGGGUCAGUCCUAUGAUCUUUUCUAUCAACUCCUUUCCUUUUGAGUCAUAGGAGUGUGUGUCCCUCCAGCCAGGAAUGUUCAUCAGUUCCAGAUUAGGGAGAGAGGUUUGAUCUCAGCAAGGUACACUGAGGCAAAAACUACCUGUGCCUUCCAUCCACCAGGACUGUACAUGGCGUUGGCUGCUCAAGUUAGUGAUCUUGGUGUAAAAAGUUGUAGUACAGAUGCAGCCCAGGUGCAGUGGUUGGCAUUAGGUUUCCCCUUGACCUGACCUAAACUCCAUCACUGUUCCUAGUCUAAAUUAACCCUGAGCAUCACGGGUUCCCCCAUUUCAAAGCAAUGUUCCCCCAUUUCAAAGCAAUUCUUAGUCAUCGAGUUCUCCCUUGGGGAACAAAUUGUUUCAUUCCCAGUUGCUCUGAUGUUGCUUCACAUUGUACUGGAGAGCAGAUAUUUUUAUUAUCAUUUUCCGCACUUAAAAUAUAUUGAACUAUAACAAAGAGCAGGAACAGGGCAGGGAUAGGGAAAAAUGUCAUUUCACCCAUUGUAACAACAGACGUAGUUAGGGUAAGUCAGAGGGAUUCCUUUAUUUCCCAUCACUAUCCUUCUAUCCGUGCUAGAAUCUAAGAAUCCUUUUCCUUUCCCCAGUUGUGGGAUGGGAGACUUCCAAAAGUGCUCCCUGUACUAGAGCACAUGGUUAAGCUCAGAGCAUAAACCCCAAAUAUCCCCUGAGCUUUGCUUUUUGAAUUCUGUAUUUCUGAUUACUUCAAGCCUGGGCACUGUGAUUAUUUACCAGUUUCUCUAGCACUGUUCCUACCACUGUUUCUGUAACAUAUUUUGUUUUUUAUGGGACAGGGUUGUUAUUCCUUUGCCUAACCCCAACCUGGAAGGCCAGGGUGUCUGUUUUCUCUGGCCCCUCCCCACAGACAAAUCUGACAGGGUUGAACCUGCCUGGAGCAAACAAAAAGCCCCACCAGUCACACACACAAAGCAGAUAGACACACACAAGAAGCAGAAGAAACUGAAUUAUUUGAGCUAUCAACAUUUCCACUUUCCCACAGCAUGUUAGUUCUGAAAAUUGUUUUAAUUUGUUUAUUUUCUUGGAACCAGAACUGGGCAAAGAGAACACUGGAGUCAGUGGAAUUACAGCAGGAAAGGAUAAGUCUCAUGAUUCGUCACUAACCAAAGGCUUUGUAAACAGAGCGAUAAUUAUCAGAGGGGUAGUCAUGUUAGUCUGGAUCUGUAAAAGCAGCAAAGAAUCCUGUGGCACCUUAUAGACUAACAGACGUUUUGGAGCAUGAGCUUUCGUGGGUGAAUACCCACUUCGUCAGAUGCAUCUGAUGAAGUGGUUAUUCACCCACGAAAGCUCAUGCUCCAAAACGUCUGUUAGUCUAUAAAGAGCGAUAAUGUUACUGAAUGGUCUGGCUAACCCUGCAGUUAGAAACAGUCAGCUCUAUGGGUGGUAAAUUGACAGAGGCUUUGCUGCUGAUCAUGAAAUAGCAGCUGUUGAAAGGUAAUGUGCUUCUAUUUCAAUGCCUCUGGAAGUACAGAAAACAAUGAUCUCUGUUAAAGGCAAGUUGCCAUUUCUCAGAGCCCCAAUUUCUAUUGUGUGUUUACAGGAAGGUUUGAAUGUGUAGCAGGUAGUUUGGUAAAGCUUAGCUAUUUUGUGUGUGUAACAGGCUCCUGCCCACCUCCACCAGAGGUUUCAGUCACAUACCAUGGCAACUUACCGAAUGUCACAGAAAUUAGUCCAUUCCUUCCCAUAUUCAGUCUCUGACUGGAAUGUUAGAAUGAGGCAGAGAACUGGGAAAGUAUCGCAGUAGGAAUACAUUAAAAAGUGGGAUUAAUCAGAGCUGGGGUGCAGACAGAGCCUGUUCUAGAGCUGGUGAAGUGACAGGGACACACUCCCACUAGUGCAGGCUCUGAAAUAAUAGCAGAAGCAGAUCAAAGAGAAUGAGCUCCUGUGGGAGCUAUGGGCAACUGUCCUAUCAGGGCAUCACUCACCUGGCAGGUGUUACACAAAACACGGCACUUCCCCUCUGGAAGAGAAACACCUCUCCCCGCUGCCACCACUUCAUUAUACUGUCCAUGAGGCUGUUUGUCCUGCAGGACUUUGAUCUCUUUGGGUGGUCCAUGGUGAUUCAUAAAAGAGCCAUUAGGGGAGCAGGAGUCAUCCCAAUGGAAAUCUCUUCACUUCUUUCUCAGUGUUACCUUCUUAGCCCUGGCUUUGGAGAUGACCUUCACCUUAUCCUGUCUUGAUUUUAGGUAGGAUUUUGAUCACCUUCUGGGGCGUGGCAGUUUAGAACAUUUGAGGGCUUUUCUCUACCUUUUUGUUCCCCACUGCAGUCAGUACAUGCUAGACAUGGGCAUGGUGACUUUCCUGAGGAUCUUGACAGCUUUAGCCAGCUUCUCGGUGGCUAUUUUCCUGCUCACAGCCACUGUCUUCUUCUCAUGACUUGUCCUGGGGGCCCAGCUGCUGGUUGAAUGGGAAGGAGCCAAAGUGCUGGUGACUUUGUCCUGCACCAAGUUGCCUUUGCUCAUCAGACUCCUGAACCCCAACUGGACGUGGCUCUUGUUCUUCUGCACAGCACAGCCCUGGAGAAGAGGGAUCUGCAAAUGUACAUUCCUAUGAUCGCUUUGUUUAAAGGAUGAAAACAUAAACUAGACACUUAGAGGAUUGGAACUGAUUUCAGCUGAUGGACAGAUUUGCUAGGUUUUUGUGCAUUUGGAUAGCGAAAUGUUCAGUGUUUACAUUCAUUUCAAGCAUCCCCAUAUGGUGGCACUCCUGAACAUAGUGGAGAAUUGAAAUCAAUAUGUUUUCCCUUUUUUCAAAAAUAAAAAUAAAAAAAUAAGAGGCUUAUUAGAGGGCACUUGGAUUUAAUCAAGGACCACUUGAUCUGCAGUCAAACACUCUACCACUGAGCUAUACUCCCGUGGGAGCAGAUACUUUCCCCAUUGUAGCUGUGGCACAUCAGUGAUUCCAAUAGCAGGGGCAGGUUCUCUCUGGGGCACAGAGAUUUUUCGGGGUGUUGGUGGCUCCUUUCUUUCCUCACCCUGGAGUAAACUCAGCUUUUUAUUCCAUGGUACAUGUUUUAUGGACUAACAGCAGCAGCUUGAAGAAAGAGGAGAGUGAAUAUCUCACUGUCAGGGCUGAAGGUGGCCAUGUCCCCUCUGUCUGACCGUUGCCAUUGCAGGAGAGAAGGUUUCAAUGGAAUUGAAUGCCCUGGCUCAGACUAGAGACACAGAAAGGUUUUGCUGUUCAUUGAACAGCAAAGGAAAUUGUGUCUGUAUGUGAAACUGAGGAGGGACAUGAAAUGCCCACAGGAUGGCGCAAUGCCUUAAGCUAAGGCAGGAGAGUGAAGGAAUGGGGCUGAGGAAUUACUGAAGUGGACUCACCUGGGAUUGAAAUGACAUUUGUUUGUGUCGGUUAGUGAGAAAUGUGACAUGAAUUCAGAUGCAGGGUUGAGGCUUCUUUAGCUCCUUGUAGAACUUGAACUUGAUUUCCCAGAAGGGAGAAAGGGAAAGUCUGGGGCUGCCGUUAGUCCCUGCCUGGAGCAGUGUAUAAAAAAGGCUCCAGAGAGGCAGCUGACAAUUACAGGCCACUAAGGCUAACUUCAGUACCAGGCACAUUGGAUGAAAUUGUAGAGCCCAAUUAUUAGACACAUAGCUAAAGAGUCUUUGUUGGAUGUAGCGGGGUGGUUACUCUCUCCUGCCCUACGGGGGUUGAAACAGCCCAGGAGAGGGCUGUGGCUGGGGCAAGAAGCCUGGACUGACUGAGGAAAGUAGGCUCAGCUGUGGCCAUGCCCCAAUCAGGUCCAACUGGCCCCUAUAAGAGGCUGUGAGCCAGAAGCCCAGUCAGUCUCCUUCUGCUUGUAGUGAAAGAAGUGUCUAGCUGCAGGGACCUAAGCAAGACAUCUAGCUUGGGAGCAGGGCUGGGGAAGGGCCAGAGGAGCUGGGAGCUCUGGCCUGGAAAGCCCCAGGCUGCAGGCCUGACUAUAGGCUGAAUAGAUGCAGGGUUGCAAUGGGGCAGCCUAUGGGGAAGCAGAGGUGGCAGGUCCAAACGCCUUUGCCUGUGAUGAGUGGCUCAUACUGCAGUCUGCCCCAGUGAAUGGGGGCUAGAUGAAGACUGGGCAGUAGCCAAGACUGAGGUGAAGUACGGAUAGUGGGUGGGGGUUCCUGUGAGAGGGGGAGACCCAGAACUGUGGGAGUACUGCCAGGGUAAAAGGGGCACCGGGAUCCUGGGAGGGACAGGGGGCCAGUUGUGGUAAGGGAGAUCACCGGCCUGCAGAGAGUACUUGGAUGGCUGGAGAGCUAAUUCCCAAGGUAACCAGCAGGAGGCGCCACCAGGUGAGUCUGCCACCUCUUACACUGGGGAAGAAUGAACAUGGUUUUUGUAAAGGAAAAUCAUGCCUCACGAAUCUACUAUAAUUCUUUGGGAGAGUUAACAAGCAUGUGGCUAAAGGUGAGCCCGUGGAUAUAGUUGUCAUAAACGGAUAAGUAAGAGUUAAUAAAACAGAAGUACUUCAUAUCUCUUAACAAGAUCUGUGAGCCUGGCUGUCACCUUACCAGAGGACCAAUCGGGACAGGAUACUUUCAAAUCUUGAGGGAGGGAAGUUUUUGUGUGUGCUGUUAGAAUUUGGUUGUUCACUCUGGGGGCUCAGAGGAACCAGACAUACAACCAGGUUUCUCUCCAAUCUCUCUGAUACAGGCUCUUAUAAGUUCGGAAUAGUUAGUACUAGAUAGAUAAAGUGAGUUAGGCUUAUGUUUGUUUUCUUUAUUUGCAAAUGUGUAUUUGGCUGGGAGGAGUUCAAAUGUGUAUUUGGCUGUAAGGAUUUUAAUUUGUACUUGUAUACUUAGACUGGGAGGGUAUUCCCCGUGUCUAUAGCUGAAAGACCCUGUACCUGUUCCAUUUUAAAUUUACAAAAACAAUU